AUGGUAGCCCAUCCAAGAGCGCAGGCCAGUUGGAGAUCCAUUUACGCAACUCACAUCCUGCGGAGGCUAGUAUUCCAAUCAACUCGUCACGCAAAAGGAGAGUCUCUCUCUCCGUGGACGCGCCAGUGCAUAUGUCAUCAACAUAUAGGUCCUCCUUCAAAAUGGCGGGUGCGCGAGGAAACGACAUACGAUCUCGAUCCGCGAGCUCCCAAGCAAGCACAAUCGAACUUGCGGGUGGCUGCCCAGGAUAUUCUCCAUCACAAUGGCGGACGAUCCCAACGUCGGCGUGGAGAAUUUGAGGGGGGAGAAUCAAACCAAAUGCGGCCCUCAACCGUGGCCACAGGGGCGUUCCCGACACCUCUUAUUACAUCUGAAUACCUUUUAAUAGUCUGGCCAGUCUGCCCUACCAACCAAGACGAGGCUAUGCAACCUUGUGAGCCUGUGUCCAAUAUCGCUCGGACUACAACCGAGGCACCCGUCCGUCCCCAGAUCCUGACA